UCGACAGGAACCUGUUCUCAGCAUGACGACUGCGCAGUUGCUGUCAUCUCCAACAAAAGUAAAAAGUCCACGCCCCCGUUCGUCGAAACACCCUACGAAUCCAAAACCUCACAGACAUUCCUCUCAUUCCAUCCCCUCGUCACCAUCUCUACAAUCACAUCCAGCCCAGCGGGUGGAUGGGACAUCACAACAAUCCCCGAUGGCGCACUCUGGAACCUUCCUGGCAGAAUCAGCCUCGCCUGCUCACAGUCAUGAAAAUGACGAUUUUGAAGAUCCUCAUGACCUCUCCUUCUCUUCCAACCAUAUCCUCCGUGCCUCCAUGGUCGACAACCUUGUCAUGUCUCUUGACCAAUUUUCUGCUGCGGGUUUUGGCGACGUUUCACAUACAUCGCGAAAUAACAGCUACGAUAUGGAGAGCAGCAUACGAAAGAGAGGGCAUACGUUCAGUUCUUCAGUUUCAUCCGAGCCUGAUGUACCGGAGCUGAGGUCUAUACCACACCUGUCAGAUACAACCCCUCGUAUUCCUCUCCGAAACACUGCUCGACACCAGAAGAAUGUUCAGAAGCUCCCCAGCAUACGCGGCGAGGAUGAAGACUCUGUUCGAUCAAAAGUCUACGAAGCUCAGAGAGCGGCCCAGCCUGGCCAUACAAGGAGGCAAAAGAACAUUUCAAAUGGAGGAAGAAGCACGGCAAGCAGUGCUUCGUCCAGUAUUGACCUUGGUCAUCUAGCCAGUCUUUCGGGCCGUCUGGGAGCAGCUGGGAGUCGGCGAUCCCGGAGUUUCGACUUUGGCACGAGAGACCGUGUCCCGCGCGGCCCCAAGCCUUUCAAGACCACUUCCGAUGUUAUGGCUUCUACCCCGGUCAUCUUUUCAGGUCCCGAGUCUCGAAAGGGGCCUACAGUGGACAAUACCAACACGCCUCUAGUGAGGAAGAACAGUGCCAAAUCUUCCAAAAGCGCCUACGUGAAGAAGGGACGAUCAGGUACACUAGGUGUGAGUGGUGGACGGUCCAUGAACGAUCCUCUGCAGGUGUUACCCACAGUGAAGAGCGUGCCGAGUCUGAGCAAUGCUGCACUGGAGCCCAAAGUGAACCAGGGAUUGGCCCAUGAGCCUGUCACAACCCCUCGACCUGGUUUUUUCAGGCGUGUCUUUGGUUCCUCGAAAUACCCGACUCUGCAUUCAGAAAGCCAUAGUUCUACGCCAACCUCUCUUGCAAAGCAACAUCCUGGCCGCGCAACACCGGUGCAGGAUGAACCGCUGUACCCAACCACGCCGCCCAACAGAUUGGUGCAAAGACCGGUCCGGAGAACGUCAACUGAGCUGUCUGCAAACAAAGAAAACCAACCUAUAGUCGCCAAGAAAACCUCUACAUUCUUCCGUAGGAGGAAGAAGUCUAUUUCGAGUUCUAUACCACCUCCUCUUCCACUGACACUUGAUUCAGAACUCAAAGCAGAGCCUGAACAAACAGAUGGAGCAAGCCCGGUUAGUAGCCUGAGGGCUUUCAUGGAUCCUUAUCUGAUGGAGAACCCUGUUCCGACAUUGGGGCAUGGCCGAACCAAUUCUAUGCAGGGUUUCUAUACGCCAAAUCUCCCGCCUCCUUCGUUUGGAUUGCCGCCAGAGUCUGUCAACUACCCGAAACCAGCUGGACACACUCGGACCGCAUCACAUGGCAGUAAUCGGACGCUAAAGUCCCACAACAAGCCCUCGACGCUACGGAUACCUCAUCAAGACUCAUUCCUUGCCGAUAGUAGUAGCACAGAAGACAUAACUAGACGCUCUCCUCUCGGUGGUAGCACUCAUUCUGAGAACGAUCGAUCUACACUCCAAGCUGGAAAGGACGUUGAUGAAUCAGGCUCUGGAGCUGAGACCGGGACACUGUUGGCUUCGUUGGCGAGCCCUGUCUCUGGCCCACGGCAGACAACGAGAAAAGGCUCUUGGACGUCUGAGGGUGUGUCUCCUGCAUCGUCCAUCACUGCACCACCAACGGGAAGUCUCGCAGCCCAUGACAGUAAACCUGCUGCGGAAUCGAAGAGUCCUGGGGCUCUGGCUCUGAUUAAAGCAUCCAACGGUUCUCCAGUCGCGUCAACCUCCGAUGUUAGCGACUAUAGGUCGGCGCCAACAACUCCACUCGUUGUUGAGACCCCUCGCACCGAGAAAGUAGCUUUGCCAUUGCUACAGGUGUUGCAACCAAGCCAAUCUGCCACCGAUGCUGCCAAGAUCAAAGCUAAGCAGGUUUUUGACAAUGCGGAUGAUGACAUGGACUCUACAAAUGCUGGAGCGUGGUUAGGAGAAGAUGGCCCUGAGCGCCAGCUUGUGAGACAAGCAUACAUGGAACUAUUCGACUGGUCAAAUCAAGACAUUAUUGAUGCUCUCCGAGGUCUUUGCGACCGCAUAGCUUUGAAAGGAGAGACACAGCAGAUGGAUCGAAUCAUGGUGGCCUUCGCUCAACGAUGGUGUGACUGCAAUCCUUCUAACCUAUACAGGUCAAGUGAUGUGGUCCAUACGAUAUGCUACUCUAUUCUCCUUCUGAACACUGAUCUCCACUUAGCCGACAUUGGCCAGAAAAUGACAAAAGCACAAUUUGUUCGCAACGCACUUCCACCGAUCAAACGUAUUGUUCAAGAGUCAGAGAAUAGCAACACCCCUCGUGCAGCAUCCUCUAAAACGCAUUUGAAUGUCAAGCCUGUAGAAGAUAUCAACCUUACCGUCCGAGGACCAAGGAGACCUACAGAAAAGACUAUUCACGAAGAGGACACCGAUCAAGAGAUGGCAAACAGCCUACGUGGAUCAGUCAUCUACUCUGGAUCAGAAAGAGCCUGGGAGACACAGAUUGAGACGAUUUUACGCGGACUGUACAACUCAAUUUCUCAGGAACCGCUACCACUUUAUGGCGCUCAAAUCGAUGCAAAUACGAACGGCAAUCAGUCCAACAGUUUCUUAACUAUUGGAACAAACGUUCUACGUCGGAGUCCUAGUGUUCUCAGUAAAGCACACUCAGACACCAACCGUAGUCGAUUCGGAGAAAGUAAAUCCCUCGGAGCCCGGUUUAUGACGAAGACUAGAUCUCGGCCUCGCCUGCCGUCUGCCGCCGGAUUUGGUUCUAGUAGAACCAGCAUCGACGAGCAGUCGUCAACAUGGAGUCCUUCUAUCUCAAGCACGUGGAGCAAAGCCAGCCUUGGAAAGACAUUAACCUCGAUGUCUGUCGACUCGUUCGGCACCGAUAUGAUACACGGCGACUACCAGUCCUCGAUUGGGUUCGCUAAUGCGUUGAGCCAAGCUAUCAUCCGUGAAGAUCAGCUUGAAUUGCAAACUGAUGAUGGACUGAAAGCCGGUUCGCUUCUGGAAGACGAUUCACUUGAAUUGUGCGGAGCACCCUGGGCAAAGGAAGGCAUUGUCAAACAUAAAUGCCAUCUCGAAGGGGUAGAGAAGAGGUCAAAGGACCGAAACUGGAAUGACUGCUUCGCAGUUAUCGAAAAGGGGUGGAUGAGGCUGUUCUCAUUCUCGUCCAGUGCAAAAUCCUUAAGGAACAAGUCUCGGGCAACGAAGCCUGGAGCUGUCGUUGGCGGUGGGAAUUGGCAAGAUAAUGCUGAGGAAGUGUGGAAGUUUAUGCUUCGGCACACCAUUGCAAGCUCGCUUCCACCUCCUGGAUAUUCUAAAGCGCGACCCUAUGUUUGGGCGCUCAGUCUCCCAACGGGCGCGGUACAUCUCUUUUCAGUGGGGACACCAGACAUUGUCAGAGAAUUUGUGUCUACCGCAAAUUAUUGGAGUGCUCGACUGUCUAAGGAGCCCAUGAUGGGAGGUAUCAGCAACAUGGAAUUUGGCUGGAGCGAUGUCGUGGUGAACAGAAGUGCCAUGGCUUCCGAGUCCCAAGCCGGGUUAAACGCCGCUAUGGUCCCCCGCCCUAGCACUCAAAUGUCGAUGAGAAGCUCGAUGGAUCAUGCUGGCGGUAUACGCAGCAAGUUGCCUGGCGACAAGGUGCAUAUCAACGACUGGUCACCACCACAACAAUCUAUGGUUGCUUCUCAGCUGCUCGAGGUGGAUCAGCUAAAAGCGUUACAAACCUACGUAAGUAAUGUGGAAGAUGAACUACAAAAGCACAACGAGCUCCGAGCCAUGAUGUCGACGGCCUUUUCGCCCAAGCAUCCCAAUUCGGCCAAGGCGAUGAACAACUGGGAGAGGAAGAGCAGUUACCUUUUGCGGGAGAUUGUUAAAUUCCGCACAUAUAUUGACACCCUGCAAAACGCGCAGGCCACCAAAGAUCGUGUAUACAAGAUGAGGAAGGAAGAGGAAGAUGCCCAACUCGCUGAGAUCGAGUCGAGGGCAUUGAGUGCUCAUGACAUUGUGGAGUGAAGGCCAUUCGUGUGGGUUUUUGCUUUGUGUCAUGGCCAACCCAACCAACAAUCGUGGCAUCGCGACGUUGGCGGUGUAGAACGAGUGGCGCGUUACGAGUGCACUAUAUUGGUGAUUGAUUGCGUGUGGUGAAUUAUAGAUACCCCGUUUUUGUUUUGUUGGUAGGAUGACUUGAAUAUGAAUA